AUUUCAUGUGAAUAAACGAUGGAACGGGAUGAAGCAUCAUAGCGCCUACAAAUAUAGUUUCAAACUUUACUUUCAAUUUCCCCUCCUUAUUUUCAUGUCCGCACUUUGGACCGUUGCGAAAGAAAGUAAAGAAAAUUGAAAGGACGGAAGACAUGAUUUCAUUUUCGGUGCCAGCUGCUAUUUUGUGUGAAAGGCGUUGAACUUUGCUUCAACUUAUUGGUCAUGAACACAUAGUGAAUAAUUCAUUAUUCUCGUACAGUGACUGCUGCUAAGUCAAAUCCUAUUAAACUUGGAAUCAGUCGAAGGCUGUCUUACAUUUGCACAUAGAGUGAUCAGCAGAGACUUUUAGGGGGAUCACUGCUUCGCCAUGACUGUGAAAAAGGUUGCCGUUAUCGGGGCGGGAAUAAGCGGUCUGGUUUCGACUAAGACGUGUUUAGAAGAGGGGUUCGAACCUGUGUGCUUCGAGCAGACAGAACAAUGUGGCGGUGUUUGGGUUACUAGUGACAAGCGAGCUCCGGGGACAGAGACGAGGGGCGCCAUCUACGAUUGCCUAAUCACAAACUCCAGCAAGGAGAUGAUGUGUUUCAGUGACUACCCGUUCGAUCCCUCUGUCUCACCAUACAUCCAGGGUAAUCAGGUGCUCAACUACUUCCAGGGAUAUGCCAAACACUUUGGCCUUGAGCCGUAUAUUCGAUUAAAUACGAAGGUAGUUCGUGUUGAGCCUACAGAAGACUUCCAAAACACAGGUCAGUGGCAUGUGAAGAGUCAGGUCCAGAGCGGCGAGGUCGACGAGGAGGUGUUCGAUGCCGUGAUGGUGUGCUCGGGUCUCCAUAACAAGAGCUAUAUUCCAUCAUUCCCGGGAAUGGAUGAAUUCAAGGGCGACAUCGUUCACAGUUGCGACUUCAAGAACGGAGGGAAGUUCGCUGGCAAAACCGUCGUCGUCGUCGGAGGCUCUCAUUCAGCUGGCGAUGUGGCGGUUGACACGAGCAGGCAUGCUAAAAUGACCUACCUGGCGAUGAAGUCGGGCACGACAGUUUUACCAAGGCAGGGUCCUGGGGGCGCUCCAAUUGAUACCUACGUCAAUCGUCGCGUCAGGGGCUUGGUACCGCUAGCCCUCUGGAAGAAAUGGAUGAAAUCAGUCAUUGCUAACCGGCUCGAUAUGGAGAGUCUGGGUCUUCAAUCGGAUAGACCUCUCUUCGCUUCCACCAGCCUCAUGGUUAACGAUGAAAUAGGGGUUCGGAUUUGGUGUGGUGCUCUCAAAGCGAAAGCCAACAUCGCUCGCUUCACCGAGACCGAUGUCAUCUUCGUCGACGGUACGGUGGUUGAAAACGUCGAUGCGGUCAUCUUCGCGACUGGUUAUGAAUUCAAAUUCCCCUUCAUCGACAAGUCUAUUCUGCAAGAGACUUAUGCCGAGCUGGAGCUCUACUGGCACGUUUUCCCGCCGCGCCUAGCCCACCAGACGAUCGCCUUGGUCGGUGCUACCAACGCGGUGGGUGCCCAAGGACCUAUGUAUGAGCUCCAGGCCCGCCUGGCUGGCCGAGUCUUCAAGGGUCUAGUGGAACUACCAUGCCAGGAGAUGAUGCUGGAAGAUGUAGCGAGGAGGAAAAAUAUCUUCAAGAAGAUCUACGGCCAUCCUAAAGUACAUUUUCCACCCAUCCCAUACUGUGAUAUGAUUGCUGCGAAGCUCGGAUGCCUACCGCGGUUCACGGAUCUCCUCAUGUCGGAUCCCAUACUCGCCUACAAAUUCUUCUUCGGUCCCAAUUACCCGCCCUUCUACCGACUGGUAGGCCCCCAUGCGUGGCCCGGGGCCCGGAAUGCCAUCAUGAAGGCUAAACACAACACAGAUACACCGACCAAGACCCGGAAAGUUCAAAGCCCUGGAAGUGAUCAAUCGAGUACAUUUUUGAUAUUGUUGUUGUUGGUUAUUCCUUUGUCCAUCUUCCUGAUGACAAUUACGUAAUUGCGUAAACAGAAAGUUUAUGAAUUUCGAACAUUGGCGGAUCCAGGGGGCACCCCCUCCCCCCCC